UGACCCCACUGGGGGCCUUCAACGUGGAUGUGACCAGGCCGUGGGUCACAAUGCCUAAGGGAGGUACACCUUUUGUGCUCAGCUCCCUUUUAUACCGAGACCCCAGCACCAACCAGACCUGUCUCCUGGUCACCAGCAACAGCACCAGUAGGACUUCAGCACUCCUGUAUCGUUGUGUCCUCAGUGGAGAAGAAAUUGCUUGCCAGCCAGUAGACUACAUCCUUAACCCAAAGGGCAGGCGGGGAGUGACCGUUGUCCGGAACCAAGACAGUGUUUUGAUAUGCAUUCAGGUACAGGCCCGGCAGUCCCAUAGCCUCAACUUAGAGCUCACAGGCAACUGCAGUCUCUUGGCCCCCAACUUAUACCCUAACGCUUGGACCAACUUCUCUGACCUUGAAAGUCUCCUGGAUUCCAACAAAUGUGUGGAUACUGGUGAUUGCUACAGGAACAAAGAGGGCAACACAGGGGAGGAUCAGAACACAGUCAGGAGGCCUCGGGCUGUGGAAAAGGAAGAGAAGGAGGAGGAAGAGGACAAAGAAGAAGACGCUGGCACCGAGAUUGCCAUCAUCCUGGAUGGUUCAGGAAGCAUUGACCCCAGAGACUUCCAGACGGCUAAAAAUUUCAUCUCCAACAUGAUGAAAAACUUCUACGAGAAGUGUUUUGAGUGCAGCUUUGCCUUGGUACAGUAUGGGGAAGUGAUUCAGACUGAGUUCGACCUUCAAGACAGCUGGAAUGUCAUGGCCUCCCUUGCCAGAGUCCAGAACAUCACUAAAGUGGGGCAUGUCACUAAGACUGCCUCAGCCAUACAGCACGUACUAGACAACAUCUUCACAGCAAGCCGUGGCUCCAGGAAAAAGGCAUCGAAGGUCAUGGUGGUGCUUACUGAUGGUGACAUAUUUCAGGACCCUCUUGACCUUAAAACUGUCAUCAGCUCCCCAAAGAUGCAUGGUAUUGAGCGCUUUGCCAUCGGGGUGGGAGGUGCGUUUCAGAAAAAUAGAACUUACGAGGAGCUGAAGCUGAUCGCCUCCAAUCCCAAGGAGACCCAUGCCUUCAAGGUGACCAACUACACGGCUCUGGAUGGGCUGCUGAGCAAACUGCAGCAGAGUAUCAUCCACAUGGAAGGCACAGUUGGAGAUGCCCUUCACUACCAACUUGCACAGACUGGCUUCAGCGCCCAGAUCCUGGAUAAGGGCCAGGUGCUGCUUGGUGCAGUGGGAGCCUUUAACUGGUCGGGGGGCGCGUUGCUCUACGACACAUACAGUCGUCGGGGCUGCUUCCUGAACCAGACGGCUGAGGACUCCCGAGCUCCCACGCAGUACAGCUACCUGGGUUAUUCAGUGGCAGUUCUACACAAGGCCUGUGGCAUCUCCUAUGUGGCAGGGGCUCCUCGGCAUAAGCACCGUGGGGCCCUAUUUGAGCUCCAGAAGGACAGAAAGGUCACCUUUGUGCCACGGGUGGAGGGAGAGCAGAUGGGGUCCUACUUUGGCUCUGAGCUGUGCCCUGUGGAUGUGGACAUGGAUGGAACCACAGACUUCCUGCUGGUGGCUGCUCCAUUUUACCACAUCCGUGGAGAAGAAGGCAGAGUCUAUGUGUACCGAGUACAUGAGCAGGAUGGUUCCUUCUCCUUGGUGCACACACUGAGUGGGCACCUUGGACUCACCAAUGCCCGCUUUGGCUUUGCCAUGGCAGCUGUGGGGGAUAUCAAUCAAGAUACAUACACAGAUGUGGCCAUCGGGGCCCCUCUGGAGGACUUUGGGGCAGAUGAUGGGGCCAGCUUUGGCAGCGUGUACAUCUACAAUGGACACAGGGACAGUUUCUCUGCCAGCCCAUCCCAGCGGAUCAGAGCCUCCUCUGUGGCCCCAGGACUCCAUUACUUUGGCAUAUCUGUGGAUGGUGGCCUAGAUUUCAGUGGAGAUGGCCUUGCCGAUAUCUCCGUGGGAUCCCUGGGCCGGGCAGCUGUGCUCUGCUCACGGCCCGUGGUUCACCUGAAGGUGUCCAUGACCUUCACCCCCACUGCUCUGCCCAUCGGCUUCAAUGGCAGCAUGGAUGUAGAUCUGUGUUUUGAAUUCGACUCCUCAAGCUCAUUGGGUGAACCAAGCCUCAGAGGCAUGUGGCUCAACUACACAGUGGAUGUGGAUGUGACGAAGCAGAGGAAGAGGCUGCAGUGUGCUAACAUGAGCUAUUGUCCGAACCACCUUAGUGAGUGGAGCGAUGGGUCUUCUCUGUGUGAACGCCUCUCGCUCAUCCCCACAGAGGGAGAGCUCUGUGAGGAGGACUGCUUCUCUAACAUCACUGUCAAGGUCAGCUACCAGCUCCAGACACCUGAGGGAAGGAGGGGCCACCCUAACCCCAUCCUGGACCGCUACAUCGAGCCCUCUGCUAUCUUCCAGCUUCCCUAUGAGAAGGACUGCAAAAAUAAGCUGUUCUGCACCCCUGAGAUCCAGCUGGCCACCACCAUCUCUCAGCAGGACCUGGUGGUGGGUGUCACAAAAGAACUGACCGUGAACAUCAGCCUAACUAACUCUGGGGAAGAUUCCUAUAUGACAAACAUGGCUCUGAAUUACCCUAUAAACUUACAGUUUAAGAGGAUACAGAAGCCUUCCUCUCCAGACAUUCAGUGUGAUGACCCUAAACCAGUUGUUUCUGCCGUGCUCAUGAACUGCAAGAUUGGUCACCCCAUACUCAAGAGAUCAUCUGCAAAUGUCUCAGUUGUCUGGCAGCUAGAGGAGAGUAUCUUCCCAAAUAGGACAGCAGACAUCACUGUGACCAUCUCCAAUUCCAAUGACAAGUCUUUGGCCAGAGACACCCACAGGCUUCAAUUCAGGCAUGCCUUCAUUGCAGUUCUCUCCAGACCAUCAGUGAUGUACAUGAACACAAGCCGGGGGCUUUCAGACCACAAAGAAUUCCUUUUCAAUGUUCAUGGGGAAAAUCUCUUUGGAGCUCUAUUCCAGUUGCAAAUUUGUGUCCCAAUCAAAUUAGGAGCGCUCCAGAUUGUAAGCGUGAAGAAUGUGACAAGGAGUCAGGUCCUCACUCCCUGCAAGCAGAGUCAGGAGCGUGCGUGUGGAAGCCAUCCUGCUCAGCGUGUAGAAGAAUGGCAUUCAGUGAGUUGUGACAUCACGUCUAAUAAGGAAAAUGUAACUGUGACUGCUGAGCUCUCCUUGGAUCACUCUAAGCAGUUACUCAGAGAUGUAACAGAACUGCAGGUCCUCAGUGAAAUAUCUUUCAACAAGUCUCUCUAUGAGGGGCUGAAUGCAGAGAACCACAGAACUAAGAUCACUGUCAUCUUCCUGAAGGAUGAGGAGCUCCUCUCUUUGCCUCUCAUCAUUGGCAGCAGUAUUGGUGGCCUCCUGGUCUUGGUGGUGAUUAUAGCCAUUCUGUUCAAGUGUGGUUUUUUUAAAAGAAAGUAUCAACAACUGAACUUGGAGAGCAUAAGGAAGGCCCAGCUGAAGGAAGACAGUCUGCUCACAGAAAAUUAGGACCUGCGUCCUCACCACUGGGCACUGGCUGGAAGCUCUGUCUGCCGCUUUCUUUCCUUAGGAUGGUCCAAGAAUAUUGGCAAACUGUAGAAAGUUGUUUGCAGCCACAGAUUGUCCUCAAAGAGUCUGUACACUCUGCAGAAGGGAAGCUUGGGACACAUUUGUCAUUAAAUAAAGUUAAAUUUGGCUUUACA